AUGGAUACAAUUGAUUCGAUUGGUUCAACACGUGUUGAAGGUAGUUCAGAUGACGAUAGUAAAGUACAACGAACAAUGUUAGAAUUACUUAAUCAAUUAGAAGAUUUUGAAUCAAAACAAAAUAUAAAAAAAAUUACAGAAAUGAUGUCUGAGGCUUCUAGCGCUGAAGAUGUUUCUACUGAAGUAGAAAUAUAUGCACUUCGAGAACGAUGUGUACAUGAAACACAAGAAGAUUUUGAAUUAGCUGUUAUAAAAAUAAAACUAUUCAAAGAUAAAAAUAAAUUAUUAUUAGUAUUUAAAUAG